UUUUCCUUCCCGCUAUUUAAAGCGGUUGGUUGCCUUCGCCCUGUCAGUCAGAUGACAGGGUCCCACAAUUGGCGCGAGGUUGCCUCCUGACUUUGUUUUGCCGGGUCACUACGGGUCAACUUGACUGCGAGAGUACCUCGAACUUUUAGGUGGAAGAUGCGGGAAGAUACCUUCGCCGAGCGUAGCGACAGAAGCGAGGAGCAGGUUUCUGGUGCUGAAGUCAUCGCCCAGGCCCUGAAAAACCAAGAUGUGGCGUACAUGUUUGGUAUCGUGGGCAUCCCAGUGACCGAAAUCGCCAUUGCGGCGCAGAAGCUGGGUAUCAGAUAUAUCGGGAUGAGGAAUGAGCAAGCCGCUUGUUAUGCUGCCUCUGCGAUUGGAUAUCUGACAGGCAGGCCAGCGGUGUGCCUUGUUGUUUCUGGCCCUGGUCUCGUCCACGCCUUGGGUGGUAUGGCAAAUGCAAACAUGAACUGUUGGCCCUUGCUUGUGAUUGGCGGUUCUUCUGAAAGAAGGCAGGAAACGAUGGGAGCCUUCCAGGAGUUUCCACAGGUUGAAGCUUGUAGGUUAUAUAGCAAGUUCUCUGCCCGGCCGAGCAGCAUAGAAACUAUUCCAUCUAUUAUAGAAAAGGCAGUGAGAAGCAGUAUUUAUGGUCGUCCAGGUCCUUGUUAUAUUGACAUACCUGCAGAUUUUGUGAACUUCCAGGUGAAUGUGAGUUCUGUAAAGUACGUGGAGUGCUGCAUGCCACCUCCUGUUAGUAUGGCAGAAACCUCUGCUGUAUACACGGCGGCAUCUGUUAUUAGAAAUGCCAAACAGCCCCUUCUUAUCAUCGGGAAAGGUGCUGCUUAUGCCCAUGCAGAGGAUGCUCUCAGGAAAUUGGUGGAGCAAUGUAAAUUGCCAUUUCUGCCCACCCCCAUGGGAAAGGGUGUUAUCCCUGAUAACCAUCCAAACUGUGUGGGCGCUGCCAGAUCCAGGGCUUUGCAAUUUGCUGAUGUAAUUGUAUUAUUUGGUGCCAGAUUAAAUUGGAUUUUGCACUUUGGACUGCCUCCAAGAUACCAGCCAGAUGUGAAGUUUAUCCAGGUUGAUAUCUGUGCAGAAGAAUUGGGGAAUAAUGUAAAGCCUGCUGUGACUUUGCUAGGAGACAUAAAUGCCGUCACUAAACAGCUUUUAGAACAAUUUGAUAAAACACCAUGGCAGUAUCCUCCAGAGAGCAGCUGGUGGCAAACUCUGAGAGAAAAAAUGAAAAGCAAUGAAGCUGCAUCCAAGGAAUUAGCUUCCCAAAAAUCCCUGCCUAUGAAUUAUUACACAGUAUUCUACCAUGUUCAAGAACAACUACCUAGAGACUGUUUUGUGGUAAGUGAAGGAGCAAAUACUAUGGACAUUGGACGCACUGUGAUUCAAAACUACCUUCCUCGUCACAGGCUUGAUGCUGGUACUUUUGGAACAAUGGGAAUUGGUUUGGGAUUUGCCAUUGCAGCUGCUGUAGUGGCUAAAGAUAGAAACUCAGGGCAACGUGUCAUCUGUGUGGAAGGAGACAGUGCAUUUGGGUUUUCUGGCAUGGAGGUGGAAACCAUCUGCAGGUACAACUUGCCCAUUGUACUUUUGGUGGUGAAUAAUAAUGGAAUUUACCAAGGUUUUGAUGCAGAUUCUUGGAAGGAAAUGUUAAAAUUUGGAGAUGCUGUUGCAGUGGCUCCUCCAGUCUGUCUUCUACCAAACUCACAUUAUGAGCAGGUUAUGAUGGCGUUUGGAGGCAAAGGGUAUUUUGUACAAACACCAGAAGAACUCCAAAAAUCACUGAAGCAGAGCUUGGCAGACACAACUAAACCUUCUCUUAUCAAUGUCAUGAUUGAGCCACAAGCCAUGCGGAAGGCCCAGGAUUUUCACUGGCUGACCCGCUCUAAUAUGUAAAUAAAGAUGCCAGGGAGUGGUCUUGAGUGUUCUGUCUUGACUCUUGGCUAGGCAAUGGGGAAGCAGUGCAUUCCUAUGAAGUGCGGUAUGACUGAAACAAAUGGAACUUAGAGUGACUAGGGUAGCAUUUCAUAUGAACAUAUUAAGAAAGCUGGAAACCAGUUAAAUUCCGAUGGGAAUUAUGACCGAGAAACCCUGAUAAAACAGACUCUGCUAACUGGAAAGUGAAAGGUUACAGAAGAAGUCUGAAUCAUCUGUUGAUUUCUGGUUGCAUUUGCUGCUGCUAAUCUGAAUAAUGGAGUAAUGUGGACAAAGGAAAUUGAAGAUCCUAUUAAUUCUUCCCAUAGAUAAGGUGCAAAGAAAAGCAUACCUUGCUUGGAUUCAGAUCUGACAAGCAGUGCUGUCUACACCACUGGUUUUCACUGGAUUGCCUUAGAUCUUUCCUCCCUUCCAAGGCCUUUUCCAGGAGAGAGGCUAGCCAUUCAUUGAACCCAUGGUAAAUCCAGGUUGAAUGCUUACUCCAAUUAGGGAGCAGAAAAAGGCACACCCAGAAACCCUUGGAUCUUCAGUUUUAAAAUUUGAAGGAAAACACUUUAAAUUUUGAUUCAGGCCUGGAAAUCUCCAUGGAGAUGGCAUUAUCCACAAUUUUGUUCUUUGUAUCAGUGGUCACUAGAAUGACCUGUGGUCUAUGGAAUGGUUAAUCUACAGCCACGUGCCUCAUGCCCUGGUCCCAGCAUGUUCCUGGGAAUUGCCUCCCUCCAUCCACUGAGGAAGGUGGGCUCAGGAAAUCAGAUCUGGUUUCACCUUAGUCUGAGUUUUGCUCACGUCAUUUCUACUAUAGUGCCCUGUGUACACCCAACAAUUUUUGCCAUGUGAAAUCAGCUAUAUCCUUCAAGGUCUAACUCAAAAGACAUCUCUUCCAUGAAAAUGCCCUUCCUCCCUGCCCAGUGUGUGCCUCUGUCACUACUCAGAGUGUUCAUAGUAAAUUCCCAUUGCCCUCCCUGACUCAACUGAGUGUCUGUGUACCCAGAAGUCACCCACCCCUCCUCUUCUGGCACCUGUGUCCUCUUGCUCCUGUUUGACAGGUUCCUCUCUCUCUGAGUUCACCCCUGAAGAGUCCACUUCCACAUGGCAUAUAGCAAUAUAAACAUCACAGACAUUUUCUUGGAGAGGAGGUGACCCAGGAGGGGUUUAUAUCACAAAAGCUGCAGCAAGCAACCUCCCAACCAGGAUGCACAGUGGAUACAUGAGCUACCAAGGAUCAGAAGCCUACCCCUGAUGCCUGGAUAUUAGAUAAGCCCAAUGGUUCUUAGAACAGUGUGGGAGAGGCUGGUUGGGGGCCAUAGUUUUCACCCUGGCAAAAUGGAGGAUAAAAUUGAGUUGAAUUACUAAAAAUAAAUAUUUCUUUC